AUGAAAAUUCAAUUAUUUCUAUUUGUAAUCAUUGCAAUUGUAGCAAUUUCAGCUCAAACCGACCCAUGUGCAACUGGCCAAGCUUCAUCCAUUAGCCAAUGGGGUAUUACUUUUAACUUUGACAAAGCAUAUCCAUGCGGAAAGUUUGUAAAUGGCGAUUAUUGGGUCACUCCAACUACUGCUGGUGGUAAGGUAGUGAUUAGUUCAAUGCUUCCAGCUUUCACAGGUACCAGAAACGGUUGGAUGGCCAAUCCAAAUCAUCCACUUAACCAUGGUUUCGAUAGUGAAAUCGGUGGUUGGACUGCCUCAAUGGUUCCAGCUCUUCCAUAUUCUGCAAGUGUAAACACCUCCAUUGUCAAAGCAAUCUCUGAAGCUGGCGCUAACCACUGCAAUCAGCCAUACACUUGUUUGAGCACUGCUGCCGUUCUCACUGUUUUGGCCGCACCACCACCCACCGGUUCAUUCCGUCCUGGUUACUAUGGUCUUCCAGUCAACAAGAAGAUCUACUCGUCCCUCAACAUGCAGACUGCACUUCUGCCAUCGUUCGCUCCAGUUGCUGAUACUCCAACCUUGGCAUCGCUUGUCACUCGUUUCGAGAGAGUGCAACUCGACCACAAGAAAGACUGGACCGGUCGUGACCUCCAUCCACACCUCAACUUGCCAGACUACGGUUCGAUCAUUGCCAGUGACACUGGAGAUGCCGUUCUUCGUUUGAUGCUCAACGAUCCACUCUCUGCCAAGAUGCCAUUGUUGAUCCAAUAUGUCCAAGCCGGUAUCGACUACUGGAGUAUGUACAACGGUGGAGUCACCUGGCCAGUCGAUGGUGGUAUCUUCAUUGGUCGUAAGCUUCCAAUUGCUUUUGCAGCUGUCAUGCUCAACGACUCGGCUAUUUCUGCCAAAUUGAAACUCGCUGGAACACAAUCAUUCGGUGAAGACGGUCAAAUCUACUACAGUACCAACGCAUCGAUGGUUCUUUGGGGUCAAGAAUGCGAUCCAGAUGACUACUGGGAUUGCGCACUCACAGGAGCUGCUCAAGGAACCAAAGAUUGUCGUGAUCCAUUCGGAUACAUCGAUGGUGGUAUUCCAGGUGAUCUUUAUCAAAUGUGUUGUACAUCUCAAACUUGGAAGGCAACUGUUCUUUCACAAAGACUUAUGCCAAAGGUACAAUGUGCUUUCAACAGUCCACUUCUUCUUACCUAUGUAGAUAGAUGGGUUAGCUCUGGUGCUCACACUCUACCAGAUCCAUAUUCUCUCCAAAGAGGUGGUGUUCUUGGACCAAGCAGAUUCCCACAAUUCAAUGGUAAAAGUGCGAACGACGGCUAUUACUCAUCCUCAUUUGCUUAUAACAUGUGGGCAACCUAUCGUGCUACAGCACCAGUCACAACUUGCCCAUAA